UUCAAACUGCCGGGGGUAACGUUCGGUGUUUUCGCAUUGCUUAUUUUGUUGCACUUACUUUCUUGUUGUUCGACUAAAGGAUAAUAAAUUUCUGUCGAUCGUUUUUAUAUUCAGAGCUAAUAACUCUGGAUAUAUCCUGGACACCCAGGUUUCCAUGGAUGUGAUGACAAUACAGAACUAUCUUAUCCUAGAAAUUAUAUUCCAGUUGUUGCUAAAGCAUAUGUUUUUGCGGCUUUCGAUAUCGUAUACAUUGAUUUUAAGAAUCGUGACAAAUCAAAAGUCGGUUGUGAAGAAGGUACACUUUCAGGAUUCUUUGGUAAAGAAGUAAAGCAUCCUGCAUAACUUCUGUGUGCCAAUCAAAGAUAUUCAUUUUGAAAAUCUCAAAUAUAAUUUUCUGUAAUUUUAUUUCUGGAAGCAUCUGAAUUUACAGAUCCUUCAAAUGCAUGGCCUUUGUGUUUCCGUGGUCGUAUGAUUGAUCAGCCACUCAUUCAAUAGUCUUAAAAAGUUGCCAACAUUGCCAGUUGACUUACCAAUCAAUACUAAGUACUUGCAAAUGGAAUUAGCUAUUUUAAAAAUGUCACUUUUGAAUAUACUGGUGCUCUACUUUGGCUUUUUACCUCGUUAUUUUAAAUAAUGUAUCUGUUGAAACAUUUUACAAGCUGUCUACCUAUACGUUUCCGGCGAAUAAUAAUGCUUGGUUCACUAAACGGUGAUACUUUAAAUGCGAACCUGGAUGCUCUAGAGGUUUAGUAACAUGAUGUUUAUGAAAAAAAGUACUUCAAAUCUUCACGUGUACCGAAAGUGACAACAGUUUUCGUUUGUGAUGUAAGUUGGAAAAUCAGGCUGUGUAACAUAAUAUCAACGGUUUGAAAGUAAUUAACAUGGAAGACUUCCAUUCGGUACAAUUUGUUUUGCUUUACAUCUUGUCAGUACUCUAAUCGAUCAAUUUUACACAAAUAUUGGUCCGCUAAUCAUUCAUAUAAUUCUUUUAUGCAUGAGGCCGAGCAGUAAGUAAAGCAGUAUUAGCGCAAGUAUCAAUCUUCGUCUCUUGUUACGGCUCAUAUCAUAAAGUCUUCGAAUAAAUAACGUAAGUGAUACAAGCUAUUUCCUCACAAAUAUUAUUUAAGUGAGUGAAAUAGCUUUUUUUGGAAUCCUGAUAUCUCAGUUUAGUUUUCCACGCGUUUCAGUCAGUCACACCACAGAACCUGGUAAGUAUGUACAUCGGUCCGAGUUGCCCUGUUAGCACAGAGAUGAAAUUCCAAAACCUCGGAAUAUUAGAGGUGGUAACAGUAUCAAUAGUAAUAAGAAAGACUGGGUAUUAAUGAUACGACUCGAUGGAAAAAUAUAAAUCAGGAGUUUUCGUCACUGCAAGCGAUUUCGUCCCAUUUCAUUAAAUGUCGUUAACAAUUAGUUACGAUGAUCACAUGGACCUGGACCAGGUAUUCUGCACAUAUUAGCAUGGCUAAAUGCAACUGUCACUCAACAGAUGCUAUGUUUCCGCCUGGUCCUUCCUACCUUUCUCCAAACCUACUCCACCAGCUGUCGGGUUAAGCGAUGGUCGAUCAUAUGUAACGCGUCACAAUAGCCGGUUGGUGAAGAUUUUCUACUACAUAAUUUGAUAUAAUGCCCUUACUUAAUAUCCUAUUCCUAACCCAUGCAUCGCUUAUAUCGUCGAAGUUUUGUUGAGAUUGUUAAUUUAAACAAAUUCAAACAUUUCCUAAUUCUGUAAUGGAUCGUCAUCUACUAUCUAUUGAUCUGAAUUUAUCACAGUUUCUAUCCAAGUCUAAUGUAGAAUUAAAUCUACGAAUAUUUACUACACACUUGGAAAGUUGUGCAGAAUAUUCUGGUGAACGGGUGACUCAAUUGAAAAGUGUUUGGGAUACAAUGUCCAGUUAUGUCAAGUGUGGCGAUUCUCAAGCUCAUUUAAACAAAAGCCGUGCAAGUAUAUUUUGCGGUGACCUUAAUCUGAGGGAUUCAGAGGUAGGUUCUGUCGCUACCUUUUUUCAUGACUUCAAUUAACAGUAACUAUACUAAGGGUUAUUCGAUUUCAUCAUUAUUCAGUCAACUUACUAUGUAUGAUAUCGUAGAGGAUUGCUUAAUGAAAAACUACCGAAAAUAUUUUAAUUAUGACGUACCUGGAAGAAAUAAUCCUAUUUUAGAGUAAAUUUUAGACUAAAUGAAACGAACGUUUCCUCACCCUUUCGUUUCACUUACUAGUAGAUAUCACAACUGUUUCCACAGCUUUUUGGAUAUCAUACCGAGCUAUCUCAAGGGUAUCAUUCUUUCGGCUGAUUAGCUCAUUCUCCAGUUGUUCCUGAAUUAUAUCUUUAACUUUCUCGUCAUUAAGUUGUACACCAAGGGGUUUUCUUGAUGUGGCUUUUCUCCGCCCAUCAAGAUGCAGACAACUAUGUGUUUGGACUAUAGUAUGAUCCGAAUUCAAACCUGUGCUCCAGAAUGAACAAGGCUUCUAUCGAGUCCCUCUAACGAUGAUUAGUGUCGUGAUCUAUUUGAGUAAAUUGUAUGGUUCACCACGUCAGAUGAUGUUCCUCAUGUUUAAAGUUGGUGUUUCUUUUUUAAAGUAGACUGUUAUCUGAGCAUGGUUGCAGUGGACGAUUGCCACUAUCUGUUCACUGAGCGGCGACAUUGUAGGACCCAUUUAGGAGCUUUUUGGUCCAAUUCAGUCAACUUACUCGAGCAUUAAAAUCACCUUUCACUAUUACUGCAUCAUAGCGUUUAGCUUUUUGAAAGAACCUAAAUAACCUCGUGGAAUUCAUCUUUUACUUUAUCCGAGCUGGCCAAUGUGAGCGUAGGUUGAGAAAACAAAAAAGUAAAGGUGUCCCCAUCUUGACUUAAUACUAUACCUACACCAGCGAGGCCAUGCGAAUUAGCAAUGUGGUCCCCGGAUAUUGGGAGGUUAAAUCGCGUGAGUUCUU